GAGUACCCCUCGGUGGCAAUGAGACACCCUCCCUCAAAAUGAGGUUACACUGCUUCCUGUUUGUAACUGAAAAGCAGGCAGUUUUCAAAGCACCCUCAAAGCAAAGAGGUAGCGCAAGGCAGGGGUAAAAAUAGACUACAGUGCAGCACACCUCUCUCAUGGAACACAGUUAUGCCCUGUAGCCUGAGAAUAAUUGCGUCAGACGACCUGUUCAGUUCAAGACAACUGGAAAAUGCUCCUCCAAGAUGCCACAGUACCUCUUGUCCUGCUGUCCCUGGCCUUGCUUAUCUCUGUGUGCCUGAAUGUCAUCUUCUUCCUUCGACAACGCAGCACUUUCUGCAAAAACACCUGCUGCCACACAAACGCCUCGGAAAGAGAUUUGUACAGAGACAAUACGACUCUGACGUUAAUCAUCGAGAGGAGCAGGAAUCUCCCCGUAAUCAUCACGAACGACAAGAAAAUCCAAUCUAUGGCAACAUCAACACAGAUCGGCGAGGUUCUGCAGAGGAUUGCUACGAGAUGAUGACCUUACAACGUACGAGAGAGAGUACGAAGCCUUCAGAGUCUGACUUGAAUUACGCCUCACUCAAUCUCAAGAUGGCAAAGAAACGCAAGAAGCAUCGUCACACGCAAGGCCAGGCACAAGGACGGAACAAGCACCAGGACCAGAAGCCGGACCACGGCACACCUCCGGUGAAUUCUUUUCUGGAGUUAGACGCAGACGUGGACGCUCAUCUUCCUCCCAGAGACAUCAGCACCAUGAUUUCAUACAACAGCAUCUAUCUGAACAGCCAGCAGAUUGCACAGGAAGCUGUGGAACUAGAACGGGAGAGGACCAUGAACAUGGGGAUGGAUAUUUUAGGAUGGGAAGGCAUAAACCAGUGUGAUGAUGAUGAAGGCAGGAGGUGGGAGGAAGGGCAACACAGUGAGGAGAGGAAAGAUGAUGGCAGUGAUGGGAAUGCGUGUGUGCUGCACAUAGAGGCAGAAACCUCGGCUGAUGCCGAAUAAAAAUGUAAAAUAUUUGAAUAGUUGCAGAUUUUUUAAAGUGUGUUUGGAGGACGGUUUUUGGACGUCAUGUAUUUGAAGAAAGUAGUUAACUGAACAUUUUCGGUGUGGAGAUUACAGCCGUGUUUCCAAUGUUGAAGUUCCAGGAAAUUUCUGGGAGAGGGAAAGUGACGACGACGAAUACAAUUACUGUCCUCUCAGCGAAGGAAUUUGCUAUGAUGUCAGCAAGCACGUUGUAAUUUAAUCCUUUUAGGGGAGCGAUAGAAAGGUUGUGUGAUGAAAUUUAUAAAUAUUCUUAAUUUAUAUUCAGGUUUAGCUUUGCAGCGUUGCGCAAUUUCCUUUUUGAUGCAAAGUGUUUUUUCAAAGACUAAAUAUUGAGCAACAGAAACAUGCCGUUGUUCCUUGCAGAGAAGAGGUGGCAAGAAAAGUGUGUGGAAAUCAAUAAAGGAAACUAUGCGUGUGUGUGUGUGUGUAUGUGUGUGUGUGCAUGUGUGUGACAUUUAGAGCUCAAGAGCCACGUAGAAAUGUUUAAAGAAUUCUUUUGAAACAGGGAAAGCAUCAAGUCACCAGAGGUCAUGGAGGAACCUUGACUCUUUUGAUGUCUCAUAAUCAUCCAACAGCAGAUGUCUCAUGAAAAGGUGCAAAGGAAAAAGAGACUGCUUCUGUUCUUUAGAGUCUAGUAGGCGUUAGUUGUCAGAAUACCUCCACUUUCCCCUGCACUUGUAAAUCUGUUUCUGAACCCUGUGAAGACAAAGGAUUAUAAUAAAACAAAUAAUAAUACAGAACGUAAAAAAAACACAACAAUUUAAAAGCUGAGUCUAAAUUAAACGUAAGCACUAUUUCAAUUCCUCCCUGUGGGAAAGGCUGUCACAUUGUUCUGAAUUGUUGAAAUAAUUCACGUCAAAGUUAUAAUCGAGGUCAUUAUGUUUAUAAUCUAUGAGCUAACACUCCGUCUGUUUAAAUGAACAUUCUCGUCUUUGUAAUCUGCGGGAUAAUUUACUGCCCAGAUGUCUGCUGACAGAACCGGGCUCUGAUGUUAACUCAGCAGCCUUCAGCGGGCUGUUUGUUGACAGGUUUCCAAAAGCUGACAAUGACCUACUUCCCCUUUUAUGGAUGGAAUUUUGGCUCGAAACAUUUUGGAUGUGAUGUUGGUAUUGUAUAGAGAGAGGUAAAAAAAAAAAUUCCCUCACAAGAAAAAAAAGUCCCAUCACACACUCAGGGAAAAAAUUAAAGGUUCAAAACAGUGACUCAUUAGCAGCUUUCUGUAACUUAUGUGUGCGUGUGUGUGUGUGCAUGUCAUUCCCAACAUGUUUUCCAAGCUUUGACCCCUUAAAGCUUCCAGGUUGAGUAUCAGUAUUAGUACCUUCAUCAUAAACCAGUCAUCUCCAGUUUUGUUCAUGUUUACUGCUCUCUGCUGGAGGAACUGGGGGUGAGGGAUAUUUUAUGAUUGUAAUGUUAUUAUAUUGUUACAUAAUUAAAUAAAAUGAAUUAUUUAGC